GCACACCCGGGAUUGUUCAGCCUGUUUCACUUUAUUCUGUUUGACAGAGGUUCGAUGUAGGGGCUUCGUGCCAUCAGAAAGAACGCUUUCUGGCAAGACUUCGACCUUUCGAUGAAGUUGGAGUCUUCUCUGAGACCGCUUGCCAGCAUGUUUGAUUUGGCUGCAAUUUGGCCCGGGCAAAACUCUCUUCUAGAUUUCCGAAGCUCGACGAAAAAGCCCUUUGCUGGCUUCUUGAAAUGGAGCCAGUGCCAAAGCCCAUAAAACCACUACUCCUUGAAGAGACCUGGCGAUGGUACGGCCCCAACGAUCCAGUGACGUUGGAGGAUGUGAAGCAAGCGGGCGCAUCUGGCAUUGUCACAGCACUCCAUCAGGUACCAAUUGGAGAGGUUUGGUCUGAAGAAGCUAUCAUGGAGAGAAAGAAAUUGUUGGAGUUGCAUGGCUUUACUUGGUCAGUGGUGGAGUCUGUGCCUGUCCACGAGAGCAUCAAAUUGGGCAAAGCUGAGCGAGAGCAAUACAUCCAGGCGUACAAACAGACGGUGCGAAACCUGGGCAAGUGUGGUGUUCACAGGAUUUGCUACAACUUCAUGCCAGUCUUAGAUUGGACCCGCACUGACCUGACUCGACGAUGGCCAGAUGGCUCGGAAGCAUUGGCUUACGAUGCAGACGAUUUGGCAGCCUUUGAUCUCUUCAUAUUGAAGCGUGACGGAGCAGAGAAAGAAUAUGAAGCUGCAGCUUUCUCGAGGGCAAAAGCGAUCUUUGAGAAAAUGACAGAGAAAGAAAAGGAGACUCUUCAACAAAACAUCAUUGCUGGCUUGCCUGGCCGGAUGGUGGAAGCCUACACAGUGCAAGAGUUUAGACAAGCUGUUGCUCAAUACAAGGAUGUUUCGCCGGCCCAGAUUCGAGAGAACCUUGCGUAUUUUUUGAAAAGCAUCAUUCCCGUGUGUGAGGAAGCUGGGGUCUACAUGGCCAUCCAUCCAGACGACCCGCCCCGUCCAAUUCUUGGCCUCCCUCCUGCCUGUUCAACUCGUGAUGAUGUGGCUGCUCUCUUGAAGGCAGCAGACUCGAAGCACAAUGGUAUCACACUCUGUGUUGGAACCUAUGCUUCUUCGCCUCAGAACAAGGUGGAAGAGAUGGCAAAGGAGUUUGCUUCACGUACGCAUUUUGUGCACUUGAGAAACGUGACGAAGGAAAUGCCUCCGGCGCCAGAGACUGGGCUUGGACCUGCAGGAUGUACCUUCACUGAGUCCGAUCACCUGGGUGGUGACGUUGACAUGUAUUCCAUCAUGCUGACGAUGCUCCAAGAAAAGCAGCGCCGAAAGGCAGAAGGCUGGGGAGUCAUGUCAGAGAUCCCUUUCCGACCGGACCACGGACACAAGAUGGUGGACGACAUGAAGCUCUUCUUAUUAUGCUCGUUUGGUGUUUUGCAAGGGGCACUGAGCACUCCUUGGCGAACUCAGUGCAUAUGAAGCUAUGCCUUGGAGUGGAAGCACGGAUUGAUCACCCGUGUGUACUUGCCGUGAUCACCGCUUUUUCCUUCUGAGCCCCUUUGUCACUAGAACAAGUCAGUGGCCAUUGCAUCGGCUUGAACUCUGCAGACACGCAUUUGUCGUUUCCGUUGGAACUCUUGACAUCGGACUUGGAAACCUUUGAAGGGAAAGAAGAUAAAUCCUGGCUACACUUGCAUUGGCCGUUUGCGGGGCCUUGCGGAGCUUCGGGGUCUUCAGCUUGGAAUUGCAUCAGCUGGCAUGGUGAAGGACGAAUGACAAGCUCGCUCCAACACCUUUUUUCAAACGCGUUUUUUUCAUGGUUUUGCAUUUUUGAAUGUGUAUUAUACUUGCAGAUUUUGAAGACUUUGACAUACUUUGACCCAUUUUGUAUUUUUAGGAGCCAGGUUCAAAAAAACAAAGAACCGAGUGAGAUGGGCCUCGGGUCACGAAGAAAUCACUGUUCUUGCAAUUCUGUGUCUGUAUUCUUUUAACAUCACGCAAAUUCGCGCAUGUCCGGCCAAGCCGAAGAAUGUGGUUUUGGCACAGACUCUUUUGACUCUUUUGCAUAGACUGACCGAGUUUGCACGAAAAAAA